AUGGACUUCAUCGGGCAAAUUCAUCCAGCUUCUAGUAAAGGGCACACGUUCAUAAUUGUGGCAACAGACUACUUCACCAAAUGGGUAGAAGCUUCAGCAGUGAAGACCAUAACCUCAACUUCGGUCAAGAAAUUCAUUGAAACCAAGAUCUUACACGGAUAUGGGGUGCCCGAGACAAUUGUUACAAACCACGGGCCAUCUUUUAUUUCAAAGGAAGUAGAAGAAUUUGUAGGUAAGUUUAAGAUUACGAUGAUCCAAUCUAGUCCUUACUACCUACAAUUAAAUGGCCAAGCAGAAGCCAGCAACAAAGCCUUUGUGAACAUUAUUAAAGGGAUGGUGGCAGAUAGUCUAGAAAAGUGGCAUGAGAAGUUAGGAGACACUUUAUGGGCUUACAGAACCUCCAAGAGGGCAGGAACUGGAACUACUCCUUAUGCCUUAACCUUCGAGCAAGAUGUUGUGCUCCCCAUGGAGAUAAAUGUGAGUUAUGUUAGGAUUCAAAAUCAAUUUGGGUUGCAUAGUGAAGAAUAUAUUCAGGCUAUGUGUCAAAGUGUUAAAGAUUUGAAUGUUGUCUGA